AUGGAUGUACCAUCUAGAGGCAACAUUGUUGAUAGUGGGACUGAACCCUUAUCUGAUGUAAAGUUACUGGAACCAAUGCUUCCUACAUGUAUGCCCCCCAAAGCUAAGGGAAACUUGACAGGGGAAGGGGAUGCUUUUGAAAGAAGUAUAGAGGAAGGGAGUCUAGGGGGUAAUGUGGGAUCUGACUCAAACUCAACAGGGAAUGAGGGAGCGGGCGUUGCCCCUCGUCAGGCAGAUCGCCACUUGUCAAAAACUUUAGCCUAUACAUUAAGGCAUGGUGCCCAGAAAUACAAUUAUGAUGUACAAUCAGAUGGGUACCUGUUUGUUGAUGAAAUCUUGAGUUGUCAACCUGGUCUAAAGGGGUACUCGGAUGAAGAUAUUUGUAGGGUGGUAAGAUUUGACGACAAUAAUCGGUUUAGAUUGUCAACUGAUGAUAUAACAGGUCGAUUAAAGAUUAAGGCAAAUCAUGGUCACUCCAUCCCCAUACAUGAUUCUGACCUGGUAUUGAUUAAGCAGGGUGAGGUAACAAAAGCAUACCACUGCACCAGUAUGGUGGGAUGGGAUGGGAUAGUUGGCAUGGGAAUCAAUAAGAUGGGCCGGGUUCACAUUUAUUUUAGUACCCAAGUCCCAGAUAGUAUGAAGCCUCAUUGGGAAGUUAUCGUUAAAGUGGAUAUAAAAGAGGCUCAGCAGGACGGUUACAAGUUUUUCCGGUCCCACAGUGGACUUAUUUUGUGUUCAGGGAAUGAGGAGGGUACUCUUCCAGCAAAGUACAUUAUAUUUGCCCAGCAUUUAGAUACAGGGGAAUACAUGAAUUAA